CGAGAGAAAAAGAGGAUCCGGGGCGCGCGCGCGGGGGCCGCUGGGGCCGAAAGCGGCCGGCGGCAGAGCGGGGCGCUCCCGGGAGAAGGAGGGCCAUAGACCAAACAGACUGACUCCAGGUGAACAUGGCCUUCUACAGCUGUAACAUAUUCCUUGCAGUAGCUAGGUCCAGGGGACCUCAUCUUCUUGUACACUCCAUCUGCUCCCCGUUCUCCCCAUCGGUUGUAUUUGCCCAGCUGUUGGAUUCCCACCUUAACCGAACAUACCUGAAGGACUCUGAGAGCCAGCAGUUGCUCCUCAGUGCGCAGCAGGGCAUCAGGUUACCUCAGUUGCUAACUAAGCCCAUGCGAAUGCUUCACACGUCAGCUUCCUGGCACCAAGAGCUUCAGGACAAAACUCAGCCUAGCCAAAGUACUGUAACAAAGGACACUGAGCUGGCCAAAGUUCCAGUGGACCAAGCGACAGAGACUGCCAAGAUACCGUUACGCCAGAGGAUUAUAGAUGAACUAAAACAUUAUUACAAUGGUUUCCAUCUGCUUUGGAUUGACACAAAAGUUGCUGCUAGGAUGGUGUGGAGGCUGUUACACGGGCAAGUUCUCACUCGGAGGGAAAGGCGAAGGCUGAUGAGAACAUCUGCUGAUCUUUUCCGGCUGGUUCCCUUUUUGGUGUUCAUCAUUGUGCCCUUCAUGGAAUUCCUCUUACCUGUAUUUCUGAAACUGUUUCCUGAGAUGCUGCCUUCAACCUUUGAAACCGAAUCUAAGAAGGAAGAAAAGCAGAGAAAGAAACUGAGUGCAAAGUUGGAACUAGCCAAAUUCCUGCAGGAGACCAUCGCAGAGCUGGCCAGAAGAAACAAAGCCAGUACUGGAGAAGCCACGAAGCAAUUCUCUUCUUACGUUCAGCAGGUUCGGCAUAGUGGCCAGCAGCCCAGCACCCAGGAGAUCGUGCGGUUUUCAAAGCUAUUUGAGGAUGAGCUGACCCUGGAACACUUGGAGCGGCCACAGCUGGUGGUCCUCUGCAAAUUGCUUGAACUGCAGCCCAUUGGCACUAAUAACCUCCUCCGCUUCCAGCUUUUGAUGAAGCUCAGGUCUAUCAAAACAGAUGAUGAAAUGAUUGCCAAGGAAGGUGUUAAUGGCUUGAGCGUGUCUGAGCUGCAAAGUGCCUGCAGAGCCAGAGGAAUGAGGUCCUUGGGCCUCACGGAGGAGCAGCUGAAAGAGCAACUCAACCAGUGGCUAGAUCUACAUCUUAGAGAAAACGUUCCUCCUUCUCUGCUGCUACUUUCUCGUGCCUUAUAUUUGACAGAGGUGAAGCCCAAGCCUCUUGUGAAUCCAGCUGAGCCUCUGAAGACCGAGGGUGAUGCAGACACAGAUGAUGAGGAUCAUGAGACCUUGUUGGAUUCUGCCCCCAAAGUACAGGAAAGAAAGAGUGAAGAAUUUAUAUUGCAGCCAACAGAGAAAUUACCAGUUCCUGAGGUGUCAGUCAAGCCUCCUGCAGGAGAGAUUUCUGAGCUGUAAUAUACCUCCCUUCCCACUGGCUCUUAAGUGCUGGCAGGAAAGAAAAAACUACACACACGCUUGAUAUAUAUGUAAAGAAGAAAAAGCAGAUUCCAUCAAACCUUCUAUCUUGGAUAGUUCAGCUGGUUAGAGCUUGGUGCAGAUAACGCCAAGGUUGCCGGUUCCAUCCCCACAAGGGACAGCUGCCUAUUCCUGCAUUGCAGGGGGUGGACCAGGUGAUCCUCAGGGCCUCUUCAAACUCGACAAUUCUAUGAUUCUCUCUUGGAAUGCCUCUUGUUGCUUAAGGGGCGCUCCAACAAAGCCACGGCACAUACAUUUUUGCCCAACAUCUCCAAAGACAGGGCAAAGAAACUGCAGUUUUUAGGGGAUGAGACAGAGAGAGAGGACUAAGAUUGCUGGGGGUCCCACUCCCCCUUGCCUGGCAGUCUUGCCCUCUGGUAGUUUCUCUCUGGCCACUGCCAGCUUUGGCCCUGCGUCACAAGAACAUACCAGGGCAACUGGCGUGUGUUAAAGAAAAAGAAAAUGCAUUUGGUUGAGCAAUCAUUUCAGUUCACAGGCAUAAUUAAGAACUGGAGUACAAAACCUUGCGCAGAUGAACACUCUUCCUUGACAGGGGCAUUAAAAAAAUUGGAAGGGAACCAUUCUCAGGAAUUCAAAUCUGCAAAAUAAGCCGAUCAUUAGUGGGUGGCAUAAUGAAACGUUUUCUGUCCAGGCAAAACUUCAAAAGGUUCUGCCUGCUCCGCGCCGGCAGCCGCAGUCUGAAGCAUCAAAGCUUGGAGCACAGGGCUGCCCCUUCCAGGCGGUUCCAGCCAAGGAGAAAUGAACAACAUGGGCUUGAACUUCCGAACUCUUCCAGGCCAAUGUGAAUUUUUAGCCCCUGACAGAGAACAAUUCAGCAGGAAGGGUGAAAGGGCACAUAUCUGAAACCCCUCCCCACGAAAAUUCCCUGCGCAUGGAAAACAACCCCUUCGUUUCCCUGAUUCAGAAAUACCGUGGAGCAGGGAGCCCCGGUAGGGAGCUGUGGGUCCAGCAAUGGAGCAGCUCAGGCAGAGAUCUUCCACUGCAGGCUCCACAUCUUCCAGGUCUCAGCCAGUCCCUGAUCCUUGCAGGUGCUUCCCUCUCCUCCAAGCUUCACUGGCAGCUAAGCAGGUACUCCAGGGGCAGCCAGAUCUUCUGAUUUGGUCCACCAGCCCCUCUGCUCCUGUGCCCUGAGCAUGAUGGCGGGCGGGGUGGUGGUGGUUGAUCUGAGAGUCAGCCAGGAAUCCACUGGCCCAGAGAUGGAAAGAAGACAAAGGCCCUACCAGAGAGGAAUGGCAAACCAAGCUGUUGGACUAGGCUGA